GUACCGCGCUAUCUCUAGGCCCUUCUGUCGGGGGGAACACACGGGCCGAUCUCCAGGCCUUUCUCUAUUUAGAUCAUUUUGCAGGGACACAGAUGGUGAUGCGCAUUGGAAACUGUCUGUAACUAAACUGUGGCUGGUUUGAUACUCAUCAAUUAUAUGUUUAUUAUAUUAUAUUGUACCAACAAUGUGCCAGGAGUGUUACACAAAUAUGAAUUAUUGAUACACUUUUUGUUCGUAUGCUGAUAGAGAAAGAUAUCAUGGUGAAACAGGUGCCGUUGAGGCACCAAAUGAUUGUAGCAAUGAUUUAUGGGUGCUGCAGAAGUUGCCCAUGAGAAUAUACCGUUUUGUUUCUCUCUGGAUAAGGCAGAAAAUUGAGGCAGAAUUUGUGCAAUUUUCCCUCAUUUGUAAAUCUUGUAGUUUCCUGUCACUUCACAGCCAAACAAUGACUUGAUAACUCAGUGUUCAGCUUCACCAUGGUGUGUUAUGUGUGCGAAACCCAAUCCGACCCAUCUUACAGCUGGGGGUAAGAGAUCUCAUUCAGGGGAGAAAACAGAACACAAAGCAGCCCAGUGUGAGAAUGCUGAUUAUUCAUGGUCAAUAGGGAUUUGGAGAAAAGAAAACAGGGUGAUAGACAGGCACUCCUUACCAUGGCCUGCACUCACUGAUAGCUUCAUGCAUUUGAACUGGUAUGGCCUUUUGUUGGCAUGUCCAAGGUCACUAGGCCUUUGCCUAACUGACGGCCUCAAAUCAGGGACCCUAACCAUCAGUUUACUUAAAAAUGAUGUUGCUCCUUUUAAAUGUUUGAAUAAAAUGUAUGCUGCUGUACAACCUUACAACUAAUCUCGGGAACACUUUGCACUUUGGAUGGAAUCCUGUCAUAGUUGUAAAAAGGUGGUCUUGGUCAGUUUAAAUCAGUUUAAACUUUAAAUCAGUUUUUAUUGGAAGUUUACUAUAGCGAUAGAAUACAAGGGCAGGUUAAGACUGUUUCCAGAUCAGUAGCUAGUCUUCUGUUGCAAUGCCUCGUGAGCGUUGUGGACCUUUGGCUCCAUGCCUGUUUCAUAGGUCUGUUUUCUCAGUGUGAGAUCAAGCACAGAUGCAAUGACUGCAAACAGAUUAAUCUGUUCCAUAAGGGCUUCUGUGUGUGCACACACGCUCAAGUCUGUGUGAGCUGAACAAGCACGAUAUGUGGAUUUAUUUGCCACAUUUCUGUAGAAAAUUGUUGCAAUGCGAGUGCAGUGCUGCAGAGAGACCCUUGGUGCCGCUCUCCUUCCCAGUGCGAGAGAGCAGGCGAGCAUGAAGUCCCACGAGGGAGAGCUGGUGAGGGAGAUCUCCAAGCUGCAAGGCAUCGUGGCGGAGCUGAAGGCUGGCUUCUCGCGGGCGCUGCUGGAGCUCAGCCACAUCCAGCACGGGGACAGCCGACUGCAGAGCCAGCUGCAGGAGACCCAGAGCUGCUGCCACAAGCGUGCCCUGCACCUGGAGGCUCUGGUGCAGUCUCUGAGGGAAGAGCUAGGGGAGGUUCGUGCUCAAAUUAGGCUACUAUGUGGUGAUCGCUUCAAACCAGACCAGGAGUCUAAGAUGCCACAGUCUGCAGAGGCCUGUGCCCAGGGGUCAGGGGUCCCACAGGGAGACAGUGAGACUGGGCACAGCUCAAACAUGUGCCAACGUGAGAAUGGAGGGUGCCCGUGCCAGUGUAGUGGGAGCUCCGCCACGGUGGCCCCCAGUGCAACUCUGAAGGCAGGGCUGCUGCUGCACUGCUACCUGCAGGGUCUCCGAGCAGGGCAGUGCCAGGGCACAGAUGGUACAGUGUUUUUUUUCUCUUCAGAUAGUACAGUGAAUUGUCAAGUUGUGCCCAUGUGUGUGAGGGUUCCGCAAGCUGUGAUUGGUCCAUGGGCAGGAGAGGUGCCACGCCCCUGCUCUCUUGAGGGUAGGAGGCAGCAGGUAAUGGUGCAGUUGCUUCAGUCUGAGUGGGAGUACGUGUCCAGCCUGGGUCAACUCUAUGACAAAUACAAGUCCCCACCUCAACAGGCCAACGACGUGGAGCCACAUAAGGUAUUUCUGAGACAUGUGGAGCAGUUGCUGCAGCGCCACCUAGUGUUCAGAAACGCUCUGGAGGAGAGACUGGCUGCUGAUCAGUGGAGGUGUCUGGUGGGGGAUGUGUUCAGCAAACUCACAGGCCAAGGCGAGGGGGGGUUUUCUGAAGCGUAUCUGGGCUAUGUGUCCACUCUGCCAACCAUCCUCAAUGCAGAGAUCAGCAAAGUGCAGCUGGCAGCAAAGACACACAACACACAGGAUGGCCAGGAGAAGAAGGAGGGGUCAGGGCUCAUCUCAUUACUGUUCUCACCUGUCUCCAGGAUCCAUAGCUACUUAAGCAUCAUACAGAGCCUCCUCGACUGGACAGGGGGUGACCAUCCUGAUCGCCAUCUGCUUGAGGACACCCAAAGAAUUCUGGGACACAUCCGUUCCCGUGGCCACGCGAUGCUGGAACAAGAUGUGCAAUCAGAGGAAAGGCCGGCUGUAGUCACAGGUUUACGGUGUGAGAUUCCAAGUCCUGACUGCCCUCCAUCAGCCUUCAGCAAAUACUCGCCCAACUCCAGGGACACUCUGACGCGCUCGCAGACUCACCGCCAGGACACCCAGCCUGCCAACUCCCAUCCAUCCAGCAUAUGCCAUCCUGUACCCAGCUCUGCCAGCUGGAACCAUGUAGCCCCGUCGCUGGGCUGCGGUACUUGGAGCUUGCCACCUGAUGCCACUCCGGUGCGGGUCCCAGGGCCCAGGGAGAGACCAGGUGACGUGCGCUUCCUCCUUUACCCUUCUGACCCAGGAGGGGGCGCCGCCACAGACAGUGAUCCCGGACAGGGCACCUCCUCACAGCCACUGGGGAAGAGAAUGUACAACUCCGAGGUCUAUCACAUCAACAGGCCUGUGGUGGACUUUGAGACGGACCCGGAGGAGCUGGGCGAGGCAUCAGUCUUCGACUACUCCUCUGUGACGACCUGCAGCCCUGACGACACGCUGGAGCUCCACGGCAACGGCCUGGAGCGUAGCAACGGCACCGAGGAGAGCCGAGGCGAGGAGGAGGAAGAGGAGGAGGAGGAGGAGGAAGAUGAGGAGGACAGCCAGAUCCCUGUGCUGCUGAAGCCGUCCUACACGCUCCCACGCCUGAAGCCGUCCAGCCAGAGACCCCCGCUAUCCCCGAGGCUGGUGCACCGGGAUGGGGCCGUGUGCACCCGGUGGCAGAUCCCCCGUGCCGCCCCCAACCCCCCGACACACACGCAGGCGCACGCGCACAUACACACGCAGAUGCAGGCGGGCGGACAGGUGUGUGUGGCGGCAGGCCCUGGUGGGGAGAGGAGGGAGAGGCGCAUGAAGCUGCAGCGGCAACCUUCCAGAGCAUUCCGUCCCAUCUGGGACCAGCCCUAUAGGCAGGGAGAUGAGACACCUGACAGGGACCAAUCACAAGCCCACAGAGGAGUGACAUCACAGGGGCAUUCAGGUUCCAACCCACAGAAGGACAGAGAUGGAGUGAGGUCCUCGCUGUAUGGUGGUGGGGGCAGAGGCAGUCCCGUUGGUCCGCUGGGAAAUCGAAAUGUUUGGAACGAGAGCGAGGACAGCGAAGGUCCUUGCAGCACCGUCUAACACGCACACGCACACAGAGCCAGUCAUCAUGAUUCAUCCUAUUCCUUCAAUGCCUUUUGUUUUGUGUGGACACCCCUGACAUCUUAAACGAGUUUAGAGAUUAUUCAGGGACAGUUGGAUCCUAUUUGGACCCCACAGUCCUGCCUCAUAAUUCAACAAUAUGAAUUUUAGCCAUUGGCAAAACAAGUUCUGAUAAAAAUGGUGUAAUAUGUGAGUGCUCUACUCUCGGCUGUAGAAAUAGUGAAGGGACAAUGCUGGACAACAGGCCCUGUAUUGGGUACAAUUCUUCUGUUUUUCACUACAUCCUGACUGUAGUAGUUACCUGUAUGACUGCUCCAUGUCACUCACCCAGUGUCAGGGUUUCAAGUUGAGUUUGAGUUUUAAAGGUACAGUCCUUGAUUCUGGUUAAAUACACCCCUCCCUUCAGUCCUGAUGAAGCAAUGUUUUUGAUUAGCUGGAAUAGUGUAUUGGUUGAUAUAAGCCACAUUAUUUCCCAUUCAUAGAGAGGACUAUGAACAGAGUUUUUUGAGCACACAAACAAAAGACAGCUAGGGGAGGGUGAUUCCAUGUAUUAGAUUAUAAUCAAGGACUGUGUCUUUAAGCUCCCUGGUUGUAUGUCCUGGCUCUGUGAUGCAGUGCAACAGAUAAUAUGACUGUGCUUAUAUGAGAUUUACAGCUAAUCUCACAAAACCAUCUUGGGCACACACAGACACACUCUCCCUCUCUCUCUCUCACACACACACACACAGACACCUCUCCUGCAUGGGGAUAGAACUCAGAGAUGUAUAGAAUGUAUAAAAUAACAAUUAAG